AUAAGUACUUAGCUUGUUGCUGACUCAAGAAAUACUCGCAAAACUUGAUUUCGGAUUGAGAGACUCUGAGACGGUGCAUUCAAAGCAUGGGCAAGGCAAAGAAGACUAGAAAAUUUGCUACCGUUAAACGCCUCUUGAACCCCAAUGAUGCUAGAUUAAAAGAGAACCAAUUGAAGCAGAAGAAGAAAGAAGAGGAAGAGAAAGCCAAGGCGGUCCGUCGGGUACCACAGAUCGCAUCGUCCAUGUUCCUUGCGCACAACACUGAACUCGUGCCACCUUACCGAGUCUUGAUCGACACAAAUUUCAUAAAUUUCAGUCUACAAAAUAAACUUGAACUGGUCAGUGGCAUGAUGGACUGUUUAUUUGCCAAAUGCAUACCCUGUAUUACGGACUGUGUUAUGGCUGAAUUAGAGAAGCUUGGCCACCGGUAUCGUGUAGCACUUCGUGUUGCUCGAGACCCUCGGUUCGAGCGAUUAAACUGCAGCCACACCGGAACAUACGCAGAUGACUGCUUGGUGCAGCGUGUCACUGCUCACAAAUGUUAUAUUGUCGCUACUUGCGAUCGAGAACUCCGGAGGCGUAUACGACAGAUUCCUGGUGUACCACUGAUGUAUAUCGUCAGUAGGCGCUACGCCAUCGAACGGCUUCCUGAUCAAGGCGCUCCUGGUUCAUGAUAUGUUGAAGACUAAAAAGUAAAUCUACAGUUACUUUUUUUAAUGAUGUUCAGUGCGGGCUACUGUAAGCUGUUGACAAAAUACCGUAUCAUAUAUUCAGCACUGCCAUUGUUUCGUAUCUUUGGAGUCACGAAUGCCCUGGUAUGAGGCGUACUCCCACCAGUCCACUGUUCCUUCCGGCCGUUUUAGACCUGCACUCCCGUGAAGAUGAGAAGGCUUUGCACGUGCGCGUGGUGUGUGAAGGUGC